AGAGGGGAGCGCGGGGUCGGGUAGGAGUGAAGGUGUCUCCGGUGCUCGGAGCAGGAUGUAUACGCUGUUGUCUGGGCUCUAUAAAUACAUGUUCCAGAGGGAUGAGUACUGUGUUUUGAUCCUUGGUUUGGACAAUGCUGGUAAAACGACCUUCCUUGAACAAACUAAAACUCGAUUUACAAAGAACUACAAAGGAAUGAGUUUGUCCAAAAUCACAACCACUGUAGGUUUAAACAUUGGGACUAUUGAUGUUGGCAAAACUCGCCUGAUGUUCUGGGAUCUUGGAGGACAGGAGGAGCUGCAGUCYCUUUGGGACAAGUAUUAUGCAGAGUCGCACGGAGUGAUCUACGUUAUUGACUCCACUGACGAGCAGAGGCUCUCGGAAUCUAAAAGAGCUUUUGAGAAGAUGGUUACUAGCGAAGCUCUGGAAGGAGUUCCCAUUCUGGUAUUAGCUAACAAGCAGGAUGUAGAGACCUGUCUGUCAAUACCUGAUAUCAAGACUGCUUUUAGUGACUGCAUUAACAAAAUUGGAAAGAGAGAUUGCCUGACACAAGCUUGCUCUGCCCUGACUGGCAAAGGAGUGAAUGAAGGAAUUGAAUGGAUGGUGAAGUGUGUGGUGAGGAAUAUUCACCGACCCCCGAGACAGAAGGACAUCACGUAAGAAAUUCCAAGUUAGCCAAGGAAUGGACACCCUCUCUCCACACAGUUUCCUGUUCUCUCUAAAGAAGAAGAUCCACAGGAUUCCUCUUAAACCUGAUUCUUUCCUGCGUUUGGAGACAAACAUUCUUUUUCUGUGUCUAAAAACAAAAAAAAACAACAAAAAACAAAACCUUGAGCAAAGAAUUCUGACUGUGAGSGGGGAGGGAAAAUACCUUGCAUUGUGUAUUAAGUCAUUGACCUGAGGGCACAGACUUUGUAAAGGCUCCUUGGCAAUGCACGCUUUGUUGCAGAUGCCAAGGACUUAUUUUUCUACUGUAUUGCUUUGUGAUUCUUGGUUUGUUAAUCUAACAGAGGCCAGUGUGGUGAAACUGUCCCUUGAAGGCACUGGGUAGGUGACCCCCAAAGGAGAGGGGGAGCCUGGGGAUGGCUGUCCUUUGAGCACAGAUGAUAUCUCUCUGUUCCUCCCCCAUGGUUUCUGCGUGGUGUUACUGGCCAUGUUGGCCUGUUGCCUGUGUGAUGUGAAGAGCCAGUGAUGAUUAUCAUUCACAUUUCAUUUGGCACCUUGGUUCGUGGUAACUGGUGAUAAAUGCAGAUACAGAAGCCAGCAGCUGCACAGUGGUAGACUGCCUGUCCUGGGUAUCCUUCACAGGAUGUGACCUUCAAAAUCGCUGCUGUUUUUUACUGUGCCAGUCUCUCUAAUGGUAAGAAUUAUUUGUAUCUUCUGUGGUCAGAGGGAAUCGAGGUCCUCUCUGUACUCUCUCUGCCGAAGGCUGAACCUCUAGKCAGGGAGCAAUCAGUAUGCAAUAAAGCUUCCUACUCCUUUGAACCUCUCCUGCUGAAGCAACUGAUGCAAGCCUAAGCACAGCAAUGACUGUAUUUGGCCAUGUAGUGGUUUUGCAGAUGCAAGCAAGAACAAAAAGGCAGCUCACGGUCAAGUGGCUCACUUCUCAUGUGGCUACCAACUGUAAUUCUGUUGACAUAUUAGUAAUAUUUUUC